AGGCAGAUAUACUGUAAUACUGACAUCCUGGGAUGUGCCGCAAACCACUCUGUGACUGCAGCAGAGUGGAGGAAUGCCACAUUAUCCCACACAACAAUGAAGGAAGAGGAGUUUGAUGCCCUUUGGCUUCUCUUCUCUGCUGACACAAGUGGAAUAUGUAGGUCAUUUAGAAACUAAAUGAGCCUCUCUGUGUUGUAGGGGCCAAUGAGUGGUUUGUGUAACAGCAAACCUUCACUGGACAUUGCUGCACACAUCGUGAUAUUAGCUCCCCUGCGUCAUGUUUUUGCCAAGUUGAAUCCAGCUUCAUCCACAAAGAUCGUUUGGGGCAAGUCGUGGCCUAAUGGUUAGAGAGUCUGACUCGUAAUCCCAAGGUUGUGGGUUCGAGUCUCGAGCUGGCCAUGAAUGAGGUGCUCUUGAGCAAGGCACACUGUUCCCCAGGCAACGCAGCAUAAAAGGCAGCCCACUGCUCCGUGUGUGUGCACUUUGGAUGGGUUAAAUGCAGAGAACGAAUUCUGAGUAUGGGUUCCAUCUCCAUUACCCUCUAAAUUGCAGACAGUAAUUGACAUUAUCCUUAUUAUGCAUCAAUGUGUAUGUACCCUGUUUGGUUACUGAACAGACAUCUUACCUGGACAUACUGAUUUCAGAGUUCUCAAGUUUUCUCAAGAAUUGAACAACUGAACGGUGGUCGGAAAUUCGGGACAUUUUGCUAGUAUAUCAUACACAUACUGUACGAAUAUAAUAAAAACAUAUACAGUACAAGCCACUUUAUGAAGAACAUCUCUGCACCUGCUCCUACAUUCAUUAUUUAAGCAGACAGACAGCAGUGCAGCUUCUAAUCAAACCACACAGUGCUACAGUACAGUUACAGAUUAACACCAGAAUGGGGAAAAGGUCAUCUUUACUCAGUCUGAUGAGCAUUCGGUGAACAGCGGUACUGCAGGUGGAAACAUCUGACUCAUGUGAGGUCUGGAUGAAGACUGGUUCGAGCUGACAGGAAGGCUAAUGAUCUCAGAGAGCUCUUAAUGUAGCUUAAACAUUACUAACUCGGAAUCUUAUCUUCAGAGAGAUUCAGGACUUCAGAUAUCAGAGCAAUUCUGAGCAAAAAAAAUACAACAACUUUUAUCUUUUAGAGAAGAGGGGGGCUUAACCUGUUACUAGGUAUGAAACAUUCUGUAGAAGGCGAUGAUUGGUUGUCCAAUUAAAAAUAUAGGUGUGCUUAUAGGAGGAAAUCUGAUCUAUUAUAAACCUUAAUUUUGUCUCUAUUAUUAUAUUUGAGACUAUAUGGUGUAGGGAUUACGUUCGUGACCGAUCAUAUUAGAGAUGUUCUAACAUCUGUAUGUUAUAAAUGUACUAAAUGUAAUGUAAUGUAAAUGUAAAUGUAAACAUCUCUGACACAGAGCAGAAAUGUCAAAUUAUAUCAUUUCUGCUGCUGAGGCAUUUCAGCUCUGUUUCAGAGAUGUUCGAGUUUCACUAAAUGACAUAAUGACAGAAUAGGGCAUGUGGUAGCCUAGUGGUUAUGGCGUUGGAUUACUGAUCAAAAGGUCAUUAGGUCUGUGAUGUUAUGUCUAAUUACAAAGGUCUCAAACUCACGGCCCGCAUGACGAUAGUUUGUGGCCCCCGUCUCAAUAUGAAAGUUUAAUGUUAGUGCAGCCCGCAAGUUUGAUAUGUACAGAAUGGCACUUUACAGUGUUGAAUGUAGAGCUGAACGAUCCUACCAAUCACGGUGAGGUAUAUGGCCCUCGGGGGCGGGACAUCGCCAGGGCUUGAUGCAAGCAGAGAAACAUUUCUCAAUGAGUGAAAGUUACAGCAUCAGCGUUGCCAAGGACUGUUUUCUUCCGUGCCUGGCAGGCUGCCUCGUUUCUAUUGGGCACACGCAGACAUUCGUCCCAGUGCGCUGCAUUCACAACACUUCAAAAAAAAAGUUUUUUUAGUAUAUAAAAUGUCCUUCAGACAUUUUCUCCUUUUAAAAGUCCUCCUCAUGACUCCUGACACUUUUUGACCUUAUGAGCUGUUUUAAGUGUUAAUAUGCUUUAUGAAGAACUUUUAUCUUUACUACAAUAAUUUCUCUUUCAUUUUAAGAGGAAACCCACAUACGAAUUUAUAAUAAUUUUACACUUAGAAUUUUCAUGAAACAACCGUGGUGAUCAGAUAAGUAUCUCAGAACACACAACACAUCGGAUCUCGGAGCAGUCGGGCUACAAGAGAAGAACCUGAGGCCACAGUGGACAAUGUCUGCAGGAGUGUCACCUUUUGCAUAUGAUUUGCUUCGAUCAGGGAAAUUAGGCGGCUCUUUUUCUCCUCUCACAAAGAGAUGACACACAGAGCUUUAUCCUGGAGCUCGAACCUUUUGAUUAUCUGAUUAUUUUGAUUAUUACAAAAAAUCGUUUAUAAUUCAUUAAAAAAAAAAAAAAAAAAAAAAAAAAAAAAGGUAAGCAACGAAUUAGACACUUUAUUAUUUUAUUUCGGUCUUGCUCUUUUUAGUUUUAGUGAAUAAUUUACAACUCUCAAGUAGCUUUAUGUCUAUUUUUCCAAGAAUGACGUUUUAAUAUUUAAUAUUUUUUAAUAUUAUAAACACUCUAAAUCUCUUUACAACCGAGCACGAAGAUCAGACAAAUUACAGCUCGGACGCCGCAUCGGCCAGUGCGAAGAAUUCAACACUUCCAAGUAUUAGCUACGACUUUAUGGUAGUUUAUAAAUAUUGAUUUGAAUUUUAUUGUAUUAUAUAACAUUCAACAUCAAUACAAGCUUUAUGUUCUCAGUUUAUGCUAUGUUGUUAGCCCUGAAAAAAAUAAAAAGGCGGGAAAUUUCUACCAAUUGAAAUAUUUAAAAUGGGUCCAGAACUAAAUAGCAUUGUGAUGCAAUGAGUCUGGUGAGUGUCUUGACUUCAGGUUUAACUCUGCACCUUUUCCUUAUGAAGCAACUAGUCAGACAUGUCGUUUCAGUGAAGUCUUAAAACCAUAUUCCAUGCUUGAUAUAUUUGUUCAAUGGUCAAAUAAACUCCAUAGCCAAAAGUUUGUGCAUCCCUGACCGUCACACUCAUAUGUGCUUGAAACAAAUCUCCAGAAUUAUUCCCUGAUAUAUUCCCUCUUCUCUUCUCUUCUCUUCUCUUCUCUUCUCUUCUCUUCUCUUCUCUUCUCUUCUCUUCUCUUCUCUUCUCUUCUCUCCCAGCAAAAAAAAAAACCAAAAACACUUCCUCAAAGUUAGACAGAUGAAUUAAUUAGAACACCCAGUUAGUCCUGAAAGACAAGUUACAGUGAGAUUAUCACUAUCUCUUCACCCACAUUGCUCACUCUUUCGUGUUGCUCAGCAGAAACAAGCCGUCUAACAGGACACGCAGCACAAGGUACAGUACGUCUCGAUAUACUGUAUACUGACCCUGACAGACAGAAUCUAACUUUUAACCCGAUGAUGCUACUGUCCCUGUCUGUCUUUUAGUCUUCCUUUCUUUCAUUAAUACACUUUCGUUUCAUCUCUUCUUUUUAAUUUUUUUUCAUAUACGAUGGUGCUGUGGAUUUCUGGCAAUAAUCCAAACUACAGCUUUCGUAUUUAUACAUUAGUAUCGUUUCUAUAGUAACAGCUUGAAGGAGUCAUCAGUGUCAGUCGGAGGUAAAGCAGCAAGAGGGAGAGAAAAAAAAAGGCUGGCGAGGAAAUGAUUAUAACUUAGAACAGUUUAUAGAUUAUAAUUUUAUAUUCUUGCAUAUGAUUAUCGUAAACUUCAUUUUCAUUUAAGGAACAAGGAAUCAUUAAUCUCCAAUUGUUCAGCUGAACGUAGAGAGUCUGUGUUACUAAGCAACCUCGGAUUAGACCCUCCCACUUUGGCACCGGGAUGGAUCAUUUUCUGUUUUUGCAACGCUCAGCAUGAGGAAGUGCGACCAGAAAUACCAGCGAACAUAAAACCUGAAGGUUUUUCCCCAUCAGACUGUUUGAAGCAGAGGGAUAAAUAUGAAGUGUUAACAGACCAUCAUCGGAGUCACCAUGAACACACUAAGUUUAAUAGAUGACCUGGAACAGUCAAGAUUCGGUCAACCUCCUCCAAGACACGGCCUCAAGCUGCUCUACUGGUUUGCUACAGAUUGUCUCACGUUUGACCAAAACAAUGUUAUGCAGUCGUGUUGUGAUCCACAGAAUGGACAAUUUGGUUUCCACAUAUUCGAGAACAAAUACGAAAGAAACUUUGGAAAACUUCUGCCUAAUGUGGCUUUACCCUACUAUGAAGUUGGUAACCUAGGCAAAGCAGGAGCGUACCGAUUGCCCUGCUACGUCCGAAAGGAUUACACACGCUUACCAGAUGACAGCAACAUGGACCGCAUCAUAGUCAGCUUUAACAAAAACGAUAACAGUUUUGACAGAGUAUUCGUGACGCAGCACAGGGAUCUGUCAAAUUUUAACAAACUCUUCACCUACAACAUCAGCAAGGGCCUUAUUAUGAUGAUCAGGAAUUUGACCUCAGAGGAAUUUCUCCUGAAAACUGGCUAUUUGAAACAGCAACCAAACCAAUUCCCCUGUUCAUUUUCUGAAGAACUGAAUAAACAACAACCCCCAUGUCCUGCUCUACCAAUAACCUCCAUCUGUAGUCCACUUCAAGACGUUUGUCCUGAGAGCAAAUCACCUUGGAACUUGAUGAUGAAUAAUAUAGUAGAACAUCACAAAACUCCACCAGAAACCUCUAUUUGCAUUGUAGCUAGUACGUCGUCUACAAACCAAGACAUUUACGGUGAAACUGAAUCAACAUCCAAUUUAAUGAAUAAUGCACAAAGACACCAUGAAGCUUCACUAACAUCCUCCAUGUGCAGUCCAUCAAACACGACUUCAACAACCCAAGACUUUCACUGGGAGGUCAAAUCUCUUAACUUGAUGAAUAACAAUACACAAGAACACCAUGAAGCUCCACCAACACCUUCCUUCUACAAUCCAGCACAUACAUCUUCUAUGACCCUGGACAUUCUCCUGGAGGUUGAAUCUCCUGAAAUCUCGGUGAAGAAUCAUACACAAGAACACCAUGAAGCUCCACCAACACACUCCAUCUGCACUCCAGCUACUUCUACGACUCCAAACGUUCACACUGAGACCGAAUCACCUCCCGUCUUCACAAAUACUAAUCCACAAAUACACACAAAUGGUGCAGAGAGUCAACUAAACAAUGUUGUACAGAAAUCUCCAUCUAGCGAUAUCCCUGUAACCUCGUCCUGCACGCCAACCAGCACUUCUUCAAAGGACCAAGACACAGAAAACGAAUCAUUUCCUUUUUUACAAUUCACCUCUUUCUUCUGGGGAUUUUAUCUCCUUUCCCUUUUUUUCUUUUUUUAUUUCUUUUGGAGCAAUGUUACACAGAUAUGUAUAACUGUCCUUUUUGUAUCAUCUUUGGUCCCGUGGCAAAAGCGUAAAAGAGGAGAGCAACGAGAGGAAAUGAGAUAUGAGGAAAAAAACAGCAACUCACAGAAAGCCAAGAUGAAGAAGACAGGCAAAAGGAAGAAAAAAGGAAACAAUACAAAAAUGCUUGCUUUUACUACGAGGACACUAAAAGUCAUGUCUUCGAAAAUCCAAAACACUGAUAUCGACUCAUCUCCUUUUUCACAAUUCACCUCUUUCUUCUGGGGCUUUUAUCUCCUUUCUCUUUUUUCUUUUUUUUAUUUCUUUUGGGGGUAUGUUGCAAGGAUAUUUAUGAUUGUCGUUUUUGUAGCCUCGUGUCGUUGGCAAAUUAGGAAAAUUUUCAGAGAGAGAGAGAGAGAGAGAGAGAGAGAGAGAAAGAGAGAGAGAGAGAGAGAGAGAGAUAUGCAUGCAGUGACAAUUAGUAACUAGAGGAUUAAGAACCAUUAUUAAUUAAGGAUGAGCAUAAUUAACAAAUUAUGUGUUCAGUGUGAAAGGACAAAUGACUCGUCUCAGUGUACUCUAAGCGGCGUGAACACGAAUCCUAAAUGAUUCUUUUUAGGGUGCACGGACCUACCAAGGAGACUCCUCCAGUCUUUUGUAGGAACUUGGGUGAUGGGAUGAGAGAAGGGUCUGAGAUGGCUGGGAAUCGAGAACGCGCCACAUGUCAUGUGGUGCAGACUGAUGUUCAGACAUCAUGUUCUUGGCUUCUGACCAACAAUAACGAAUGUUUACUAUAAUGGACCAAGAAGCUAGAACGAUUCCCUUCCAUACGACUCUUUACAGGUUGUACUUUGGGAUCUGUAUUGGGUUUUACAGUAUAUUGUAUUAACUGAGUUGCUGGUCAUAGAGAAAGUGUGAUGGUGUAUAAAAUUUUACCAGUUAUACCAUGAUGUAUUAACAGUUUGUUGUUUUAUGUUUUUACAGUGGAACAACAAUGGGUUUGGUGUCGGUUAAAACCAUCGAAUUUUUCAGUAAUGAGGAAGGGGCGGGUUCUGAGGGGCAGGUUGUGAAAAGCCACACGACUCAACAAUUCUGCUGAAAUGAUAAUAAUUCUAUGAUAAUAAUGAUGUAAGGCUGAGUUGCUGAGAUGUUCUACAAUUAUGGUUCAGCUCAGAGGAGGAGCAGUAUUCAGGAAUUUAGGUCAGGGUUGCCAGAUUUAGCUAGUUCAAAAUACACCAUGGACACUAAGAUUGUAUUCUCUAGGAAUUUACUGGAAAAAUUUCUAAUAAAGUCUAGAGAGUGUGUCCGUGAUGUCCAGAACAAUUUCUGGUUAAAGAUAUACACGAUAGCUCAAUGGUAUCAAUGUAAAAUAUGCAAAAUAAAGGAAAUGUUUAAAUAAUGAGAAA